CUAAACCCUACUUUAUCUCUCUAGCUCUUCAUCUUUCUCUCUCUAUUUUUCCAAGGUUAUUUGGCUAUUUUUCAUGAUGAAUCGGGAGAAGCUCAUGAAAAUGGCCGGCGCGGUUCGCACUGGAGGGAAAGGGAGUGUGCGCAGAAAGAAGAAGGCGGUUCACAAGACCACAACAACAGAUGAUAAGAGGCUUCAAAGCACUCUUAAAAGAAUAGGAGUGAAUGCUAUCCCAGCCAUUGAGGAGGUCAACAUCUUCAAGGAUGACAUUGUUAUCCAGUUCUUAAACCCCAAAGUACAAGCUUCGAUUGCUGCCAACACUUGGGUGGUUAGUGGCUCUCCACAAACAAAAAAGUUGCAGGAUCUUCUACCUGGUAUUAUCAACCAGCUUGGCUCUGACAACCUUGAGAACCUGAGGAGGCUUGCAGAGCAGUUUCAGAAGAGAGAACAAGGAUCAGCACCUGCUGAUGACGAUGAUGAUGUUCCCGAGCUUGUGAGUGGUGAGACAUUCGAAGCGGCGGCGAAUGAAGGGGCCACAUCCUAGAUUCUCCUCUUCUCUCUCAAGUUUUUCUUAUCUCCCUUUCCUUCUAAAAAGUUUCAAAUAUGGUUAUCAUCUAAGUUUUACUCCGUCGAGUUUUUGACUGCCAACUGUUUUGUGGCCUUAAAUCAUAUCAUUCCUGUUUUUCUUUCAUGUAUUGUCAUGUUAUGUUCAAUUAAGACCGGGUAUACACACUCUCUCUCUCUCUCUCUCUCAUAUGCAAACAAACACGUUAAAAUAGCAUUUCCAGGAAUUCCGGUGAUUGAUAUGUUCUCACGUAAACAUAAACCCCAAAAUAAUACUUCCCAUUUUAAUUGCGA